UUAAUCGCGCGCGCGUUGCGCGAUCGGUCCGUGACUUCGUUCGGUUUUCGGUUCACCUCUUGCCGACGCGUACGUCGCCGACGGCUACGACGACGACGACGACGAAGACAACGACGAAGACGUGUGCUACUGCUGCUCAAUCGGCCGCGCGCCCAGGACGAGCGCAAUGGAGACGCCGAAGAGCAGCAAGGAGAAGGCGAAGAACGGCAAGGACGUCGACGCCGUUGACGAGGCAAACAAGGUGACCGGAGGACCUCCUGUGGGCAACGCACCGCCUCCGCCUACGCUCAUCAACAAAAUCAAGUAUCAACCUGGUGGACCUGUAAUCAAAAAGGAUAAACGGCAAAGCAGCUCGAGGUUCAACAUAUCGAAAAAUCGGGAACUGCAGAAAUUGCCGCUGUUGUCCGAAACACAACAGGUAAACGAGCGGGAAGAACUUUUUAUACAGAAGCUACGGCAAUGCUGCGUCCUCUUCGACUUCGAGUCCGAUCCGUUGUCGGAUUUGAAAUGGAAGGAGGUAAAGCGUACUGCUCUUCACGAGAUGGUCGAGUACGUAACCAAAAACAAAAACGUUAUUACCGAAGCGAUAUAUCCCGAAGCGGUGAACAUGUUCGCCGUGAAUUUAUUCCGGACGCUACCUCCGUCAUCAAAUCCUAAUGGCGCGGAGUUUGAUCCAGAAGAGGAUGAACCAACGUUGGAGGCGGCUUGGCCGCAUUUGCAGCUUGUCUACGAAUUCUUCUUGCGGUUGUUGGAGUCACAGGACUUCCAGCCGUCCAUAGCAAGACGUUAUAUAGAUCAAAAAUUCGUGCUGCAGCUUUUGGAGCUGUUUGACUCUGAGGACCCGAGAGAGAGGGAUUUUCUUAAAACGACCCUUCAUAGGAUUUACGGAAAAUUCCUAGGACUGAGAGCGUACAUUAGGAAACAGAUCAAUAACGUUUUCUAUCGAUUUAUUUAUGAGACAGAACAUCACAAUGGUAUCGCAGAACUACUUGAAAUUUUAGGAAGUAUUAUAAAUGGUUUUGCUCUGCCAUUAAAGGAAGAGCAUAAGGUGUUUUUGUUAAAAGUCUUGUUACCUUUGCAUAAAGCUAAGUCAUUAUCCGUAUACCAUCCACAAUUAGCAUAUUGCGUUGUUCAAUUUCUGGAGAAGGAUCCGUCGCUGACGGAACCUGUAAUUAGAAAUUUGCUAAAAUUCUGGCCAAAAACACAUUCCCCUAAAGAAGUUAUGUUCUUGAAUGAGCUUGAAGAGAUCUUAGACGUUAUUGAGCCAGCUGAAUUUCAGAAAGUCAUGGAUCCGUUGUUCAGGCAAUUAGCCAAAUGCGUAUCAUCACCGCAUUUCCAGGUGGCGGAAAGAGCUCUCUACUAUUGGAAUAAUGAAUACAUAAUGUCUUUGAUAUCAGACAAUUAUUCUGUUAUCUUACCGAUAAUGUAUCCAGCUUUUUAUAGAAACUCCCGCAACCACUGGAACAAGACAAUCCAUGGUUUAAUUUAUAACGCCCUGAAACUUUUCAUGGAAAUGAAUCAAAAAGUAUUCGACGAAUGUACACAACUGUACUAUCAGGACCGCCAAAAAGAAAAAAAGGUCUUGAAAGAGCGAGAUGAAGCAUGGAUGCGUGUUGAAGCGCUCGCGAUGAGGCAUCCAAACUAUAAUCUGGCAAAUAAAAGCACAACGAAUAACAUCUACACAUCAUCACAACAUAUAGAUAAUUCACCGCCCGACGAAGAUGGUGACACGGAUCAAACUCCGCUUACCUUGGAGAAAAUUGAAGCUAAAGCUAAUGAGGCGAAGAAAAUGACAAAUGUGAACAAAGUGAAACCGCUUUUACGAAGAAAGAGCGAUUUACCGCAGGAUUCGUAUACAAUGCGGGCAUUAUCCGACCAUAAACGCGCCGAUGAAUACCUUGUUACACCGCCAGAUCCUAAUAAUUGCUAGUCUCUACCACAACCACUUCCCAUGUAUCCUCUGUUUUGCUGUAGCAACAUCGGAAGUUAGUUUUCUUUCUAGAAAACGGCGAUAAGGACGCAAAUGAUUUGGCUGAGAGUCUCAUUAUGCGAAAUCAGUUAUGUAUUGUCAUUUCAAUAUAUAUCACAUUAUAUUUGCUUUUUUUAAUAGAAAGAAAAGAAUCUUGCUAUCCCGCCGCGCAUACAUGCGAUUCAAAGAUACAGUGUAGAGGUACUCAUAUUAGAAGCUUACGAAGAAAACUCGUUCUUUAUAGAAAUGCGUUGUAUUUAUUUCUUCAUUACGGGAAAAAACAUUGCGAUUAAGAGGAAGUGUAAUAGUAUCACUAUAAAAGAUGUGCAUGUAAUAAGCAAAGAAAGGCCCUAAAUACAUUAGAAUCGCCAUCAUCGGAAGCAUUCUGAGGUGCUAUCCUCUGCUAUGUUUCAACAAUAAAAUAAUAUACGAAUAAUGUACGUAAAUGAGAUUUAAUUGUGGAUACUACGGUUGUAAUGGAUUUGGUUCUAUUCUAUUCUACAAGAGAUUUUAUACACAGAUGAGAGAUAUGUGUGUGUGGAAAUGUGAUCGAAGAUAUACACGUAUGUGCUCUCGAUGUUGUAACCUAUAUAAUUGCGCUAUGCGAGCUUGUUGUGUUAACAUUCUUGCGAAUGAGGCGUUUCCAUUUAUGUGCAAAUGAUAUAUACAUAUAUAAAUAUACGUACUUGCUUUAACACUACAGGCUCGUUGUAGUAAGAGAAUAAAUAAAUAAAUGAAGACGAAGAAGAAAAAUACACGCCGACGCGCGUAACUUAGGAUGUAUAUGAUAGUGCUAUUUUAAAAAUAAUAGAUUGCUACGAGAAAAUCUGGAUACUUCUGAGUGUACUACUUUUAUAUCUGUCGUGCCUAGAUGCCUGUGGAAAAAAGAAUAUGCCUCCAUGCGGGGCCUAUACAUAUAUUACGAACAGCAAGAUUAAGCAGCGAGUUUACAUGUCGCUUUGCCAAAUAUAAUCGAUAUUACAGAAUUUCAGUAACGCUUGCAUAACAUGUUGUGUUGUUAACUCAUUGAUCUUGAGAUUGAUUGAAAGAUUAUACUGUUGUGGUCCAGGGAUAGAAGAGAGAAGAAUAGAGGAAGAGAAGAAGGAAAAAUACAAUUUAGUCCUUGCGCUACUGGCAGGUUGUUACGUUAAUAAUCGAAAAGAUACCUUGUUGAACAUAGAUAAGAUAAGCACUUAUAUUAAAUAUUAGAAAUUAAAACUACAGAGAUAGAUUUUUAAAA